ACGCUUAAUUAAACAGUGAAAUGAUAAAAGUAGCCGUUCUAAAACGCGUUAAACUAUCUAAACAGAGCGCCUUACGUUUCCUACGUGACAGGCCCAGGGGGCGGAGCCACAUUCAACAUCAACAAAAGGAAAAGAGAAGCAGCGAAAACAGACGAAAGAUUCUCGGAUACACGAACACAAUAUGUCCUUUUAACAGCCCUGGUAAGGUGUUUUGACAACUUGAAACCCAGACGAAGUGAAAAUAUGGAGGCCAUCAAACUGAUGAAGGAGCUGAAGAGCAAUUUGGAUCAGGAGGUUCAUUAUCUGCCAAAGGAGACGGGUCUCAGUUUGAUCGAAUCCACACAAGAGAAUGGUAAUGGAGUUUCCGCCAAAUGUCGAGAUGCUCGAGUGGAAGAUCUCUGGAGCUUGACCAGUUUCUUCGGUUACAGCACUCAGACCUUUGUAUUAGCUGUUAACCUUCUGGACAGGUUUAUAGCGAUGAUGAAGGUUCAGCCCAGGUAUCUGGCCUGCAUCAGCAUCAGUUGCCUUCACAUCGCCGCCCGAGUGACCAAAGAAGAGUGCAAGGUUUCGUCCAGCCAUGAGCUGAUUCGCAUCAGCCAGUGCAAGUUCACCGUCUCAGACCUCAGCCGAAUGGAGAAGAUCAUUCUGGAGAAACUCAACUUCCAGUUAAAAGCUGUCACAGCCUUAACCUUCCUGCAUUUGUACCACGCCAUUGCACUUUCGCACACGUCGAACAGAAAAGACGUCCUCAAUCUUGACAAACUGGAAGCCCAGCUGAAAGCCUGCCUAUGCAGAAUUGUUUUCUCCAAAGCAAAACCUUCGGUGCUCGCUUUGUCACUCUUGAUGCUUGAGAUUGAGGCCUUACAGUCUGUGGACCUGCUAGAAAUCGCCCAGCGCAUACAAACACACCUGAAGAUCUCGAAGGCUGACCUGGUGCACUGGCGAGGCCUGGUAGGCCAGUGUAUGAGGGAAUACUCCUCUCCAGAAUGUGCCAAACCUGACCACAAGAAACUGGUGUGGAUCGUCUCGCGUAGGACGGCACAGAACCUACACAGCAUCUACCGCAGCAUCCCCGAGCUGCCCACAAUCCCAGAGGACACGUGGGACGAGAGCGAGAGUGAGGAUUCAAGCGAAGACCUGAGCUCAGGGGAAGAGAGUCUGAGCAGUUCGCUGGGCAGCGACGCCGAGGGACAAUACUUCCCCUCGAACUUCCGCUCCCGUGCCCACAGACCGUAAUCCGCUCUAAACCACUCGUCAAGGAGCACAACCGCCAAUGGAGAUGUGGCCUCCACGCAGCCAAUGAUCUGAAUGGCUUCCUUGUCAUCUUCCAAGAUGAUGUCACAGACCUCUUCUGGCUGGAAACCUGAUAGCGAGGUGCCAUUGUGCCUGGUCCAAAAUAUCAGAAUUGUAUUUUAAAACUCUUCUUUUAUGGCUUUACAGAAAGCCAGCCCAGAUACUGUAAACAUCUCUCAUGAUUACUUGUGUUAAGCUAAAAGUAAAAUAAUUCAGCACUGCACAACACUGGCAGCUAAAAACUAAAACAAACAAACAAAAAAAAAAGUAGCGUAGCGUUUAUAGAAGUUGGUGCAUGUUCGGAUUUGUCAGCAUUCCAGGCGGCUCAAUAUGACAUAUCCAAGGUACACUAGACUGUUAUAGACAACUUGAGACUUGUACUUUGGUGCUUUGCACAGUUUUGUAAUAUGAUUGUAAGUGUGUGACAGUGAGAAAGCUGAGUGCCAGCAGAUCGAGAUUUAAUGUGGUAUGCAUGGUGUUUGCAGAAAAACAGUGGAUUGUUUAUUUUUUGUGUAUGUAUGUGAGUGUGAUGUUGUUAACCUACUUGCCAAUUUAGUACAAGUUUCACUUUAGCCAAUGUAUGAAGACAAAUACUGUAUGUUGAAAAUGUGCAACAAAAAAAAAAGCCUAAAAACCUUAUAAAAUGUAAAAAAUGUCAAUAUAAAAACAUGUAAAUUUGUAUAAUGUAAAAAAGAAAAUGCAUAUACGUUCUGUAUAGCAUCUUGUAGAUAUUAACUUAUUUAUUGUUAUUUUUGUCAUGGUAAUAUAAAAAAAAAAAACAUUCACCAUUAAAAAAGCUAUUUUCAAAUUCA